UCACACCCCUUUUACACUUGCAAUCGGCAAACCCAAAACCCUGACGUGCUCUCUCUCUCUCUCUGUACCCUCUGUGCUUCGCAAUCUCAUUGCCGAUACGGCGUCUACGGACCAGAAACAGAGAACUCAAUAUCGCUGCCUAAAAAAGCAAUUUGUGACGCCUCUCCGUCAACUCAGGUGACUUUUAUACUGUUUCGUCUCUUGAGUUGGCUGAACAAUUUCAGAUAUGUCGACUUUUGCCAAGCCUGAGAACGCUUUGAAGCGAGCUGAAGAAUUGAUAAAUGUUGGGCAGAAGCAAGAUGCAUUGCAGGCGCUCCACGACCUCAUCACGUCGAAGAGAUAUAGAGCAUGGCAGAAACCACUUGAAAGGAUUAUGUUUAAAUAUGUAGAGCUUUGCGUUGACCUGCGGAGAGGCAGAUUUGCAAAGGAUGGUCUGAUUCAGUACCGCAUCAUAUGUCAACAAGUGAAUGUGACUUCCUUGGAAGAGGUGAUAAAGCACUUUAUGCAUCUGUCCACAGAAAAAGCUGAGCUGGCACGGAGUCAGGCACAGGCAUUGGAAGAAGCACUUGAUGUUGAUGAUCUGGAAGCUGAUAAAAGGCCAGAAGACCUCAUGCUUAGUUAUGUCAGUGGGGAGAAGGGAAAAGAUAGGUCUGAUCGUGAACUGGUUACCCCUUGGUUCAAGUUUUUGUGGGAGACAUAUAGAACCGUGCUGGAAAUUUUGAGGAAUAACUCGAAGUUGGAGGCACUUUAUGCGAUGACAGCGCAUCGGGCCUUUCAGUUCUGCAAGCAAUACAAGCGGACAACAGAAUUUCGCAGGUUAUGUGAAAUCAUACGGAACCAUUUAAUCAAUCUUAACAGAUAUAAAGACCAAAGGGACCGACCUGACCUAUCUGCACCAGAGAGCUUGCAGUUGUAUCUCGAUACAAGAUUUGAGCAACUAAAGAUUGCUACUGAACUUGAACUCUGGCAGGAAGCUUUUCGUUCUGUUGAAGAUAUUCAUGGACUGAUGUGCAUGGUUAAGAAAACGCCUAAAGCGUCACUGAUGGUGGUUUAUUAUGCUAAGCUGUCAGAAAUUUUCUGGAUCUCAUCUAGCCAUCUAUACCAUGCUUAUGCAUGGCUCAAGCUUUUCACGCUUCAGAAAAGCUUUAAUAAGAACUUAAGCCAGAAGGAUCUGCAGUUGAUAGCAUCAUCUGUGGUUUUGGCAGCGCUUUCUGUGGCCCCAUAUGACCACACAUACAAUGCGUCUCAUACAGAACUUGAAAAUGAGAAAGAGCACAACUUGAGGAUUGCUAAUCUUAUUGGAUUUAAUCUUGACUCUAAAUUAGAGAGAGGAGAAGUGCUUUCACGGGCAUCUCUUCUAUCAGAACUGGUCUCAAAAGGUGUAUUGAGCUGUGCAAACCAGGAAAUAAAAGAUCUUUACCAUCUGUUGGAGCAUGAAUUUCAACCUCUAGAUCUUGCAUUAAAGAUACAGCCAUUGUUGACUAAAGUCUCAAAGUUUGGGGGUAAGCUGUCUUCUGCUUCUUCUGUUCCACAAGUGCAACUGUCUCAAUACGUUCCUGCUCUGGAAAAGCUUGCUACUUUUAGGUUGCUUCAGCAGGUCUCUAAGGUGUAUCAGACAAUGAAAAUCGAGUGUCUAUCUCAGAUGAUCCCAUUCUAUGAUUUUUCUGUUGUGGAGAAGAUAUCUGUGGAUGCUGUUAAGUAUAAUUUUGUAGCCAUGAAAGUUGACCAUAUGAAGGGUGUUGUGGUAUUUGGUAACCUGUUUAUCGAGUCUGAUAGGCUUCGGGAUCACCUGACAAUAUUUGCUGAAUCUCUAAAUAAAGCACGAGCUAUGAUAUACUCUCCUGCAAAUAGAGCAUCGAAGUUAGGCGAAGUGCUGCCUUCUUUAGCAGAUAUUGUCGAUAAAGAACACAAAAGGCUUCUUGCUAGGAAAUCACUUAUUGAGAAAAGGAAGGAAGAACAAGAACGUCAACUUUUAGAAAUGGAACGUGAAGAAGAAUCACGAAGGCUUAAGCUGCUGAAGAUUACCGAAGAGGCAGAGCAGAAGAGGCUUGCAACUGAGUAUGAGCAGAGGAAGAAUCAAAGGAUCCUUAAGGAAAUAGAAGAGCGGGAGCUAGAAGAAGCACAGGCUUUGCUUCAGGAAGCACGCAGCAAGAAGAAGGGAAAGAAACCAAUUCUUGAAGGAGAAAAAGUGACAAAGCAAACUUUGAUGGAACUAGCCUUGAGUGAACAACUGAGAGAGAGACAGGAAAUGGAAAAGAAGUUGCAAAAACUUGCUAAAACGAUGGAUUAUUUGGAAAGAGCAAAAAGAGAAGAGUCAGCUCCCUUAAUUGAAGCUGCAUUUCAACAGCGUGUGGUGGAAGAGAGGAUUCUUCAUGAACGUGAACAACAGCUGGAAAUUGAGUUGAGCCAACAGCGGCAUGAAGGGGACCUAAAGGAGAAGAAUAGGUUGGCACGUAUGUUGGACAAUAAGAUGAUAUUCCAAGAAAGGGUGAUGAGCCGUCGGCAAGCAGAAUUUGACAAAAGAAGACAGGAGAGAGAGGAGCAAAUUAGUCAGAUGAUUCAGGCUCGUAAACUGGACAGGGAGGCUAAAAGAAAGAAAAUCUUUUAUGUAAGGUCUGAGGAAGAAAAACACAGAAAGCGUCAAGAAGAGGAGGAAGCUCGCAAGCAUGAAGAAGCUGAGAGGCGAAGGAAAGAAGAAGCUGAGCGCAAGGCAAAAUUGGAUGAGAUUGCUGCAAAGCAGAGGCAAAGAGAGCUGGAGCUAGAAGAAAAGGAAAGGCAGAGAAAAGAGGCACUCCUAGGGAGAUCUACUGCUGCUGCUGCUGCUGAGAUUCCUCCUGCUCGUCCAGUUGAGCCUGGAGCUACUGCUCCAGCCGCUCCUGCUGCUGCUGCUGCUGCAUCAUCGUCUGGAAAAUAUGUGCCUAGGUUCCGGCGACAGAUUGCUGAAGGCUCUGGGCAGGCUCCUCCUCCUGAACCUGAUCGUUGGGGCAGUGGCAGGCAGGAUGAUCGCCCAUCCCAGCCUAGUGAUAGGUGGCGCAGUAGUGGUGAUGACCGGAGACCAUCCUUUGGCAGUUCAAGGUCCAGUUGGUCCUCAUCCAGGAACCAGCCACGUGGCUCAGAACGCUGAUCACAUGGAGUUUGGUUGUUUUGCUUGAAACAGGUCAAUUUUGAUUUUAUUAAGCUUGGAAUUUAUCUGGUGGACCUAAGAAAAUACUCCUAGUUCUUUGAUUUAAAAUGAUUAAAGACCUACCAAAGAGCUGUUACUUCUCUUUUUUCUUUGUGGUCCUUUUUGUUUGAUUUUCUUUGCAAUCUUCUGCAAUGUUAUCUUUUGUAAACUGCCUUUGUACUCUAGAAGAUUGACGGAGUUAUUUUUUUGGCUUCUCA